AACAACAAAUCAAUUGAUUCGACAAUUGGUUUACAACUAAAUCAAUAAAAAGUUAAUUACAUUUCAAUAAUACAAUCAUUUUAUAUCAUUAUUAGUGACAACACAUAUGUUUUGUAUGAAAAACAUGUAUUAUUUGUUUUCAAUUAAAACAACAAUCAAUUUGAUGUUUGAUUUGACUUAUUGUGAGACCAAUUGAGUGAUAAUAGUAUCGUAUAUUUGGACACAAAAUCAAUUGACAAUCUUUUAACUUAAAACACAGUUUAGUAUAUAAUAUAAUAAUAAAUAAUAAUAUAAUGAAUACAAUGUUUGCAUCACUGAAACCAUUGCUAACAACGGGUCAGUCAUUGUAUGUGAGGACAGGUAGUAGUGGUCGGUGUUUGCAUUGGUUGGCACACACUCUGGAUAUCAAUAGAUUUAAGGAUGACUUUAAUGAUUAUAAAUACGAGGAAACGGGUCUUAACUAUGACUUUGACUUUAAUUUAUUGAAUACCCGUUACGUAACUCAACAGACAAUUCAAGCAAUGAAAGUGAAGACAAGUGAUUGUCCACUGAAUGAGUGGAAACUGUUUAGACAUUACUUACAAAUGAAUGCAACGAUAGGUUCAUUGAGUGACGACUUUUUGGAUACUUUAAGAGAUAAUAGUCCAAAAAGAAUGGGUCCUCAAGAUUAUAGCGAAGGAGAUAUCGAACGAUUCGUUGAAUAUUUAAUAUAUUUUUCAAUGAAAAACAAUGGUUUUAAUAAAUUGUUUCAUAUAAGCAAUCAAUUAAAACUUAAUUGGGAUUCUGUUAACAAAAAGAAAAGAAAAAAUAUUUUUGAAAACAAAACAAAAGGUUUUAUUGCAGUUCCCGACAAAGUUCUCUCAAACGGCGGACGACUUUUCCUUACGGUUGAAGUCAAGAAAAUUACCGAACAAUUCUUAAUUGAAAAUAUGGAUGAAAAGAAUUACCGAUUUAUGAAGGAAUUGGGAGAAAAAAAAGAGAAACACAGAGAUGAUUACAACUCACAAAUUAUUACUAAUAAUUUUGCCCAAACAUUAGCACAAAUGGUUUGGUUAGCGGAUUACAACCUAACAAACAAAAAGACAUCUCAAGAUAUAUACGGCUUAUUAGUCAGAAAUACUUAUUACCAUUUCUUUGCCACCAAUAUAUCCAAUGAUUAUAUUUUUAAAUUGCGAUCCAAACAACUGACACCAAACGAUACGCUAAAUGUAAUGCAUAUAUCAGACGGUAUUGGACUCAACAGUGAAGACGAAGAAGACUUUGCGGUAAUUUUAAAAAUACUUUUUAUGAUUAUGGACUCAGAAAGUCUACGAAUUUAA